UGUCGCGUGACACAAACAGAGUAAUGGUCAGAGUUAGAGCUGUGGCGAAGAGGAGCGGGUCAGCCCGGACAACAUCCCUCACUUUUACACUUCUUUCAUUUAACCUUUACAUUGCGCGCGUGACUGCGGACAGAUCAACAGCUCCGACUCUCCUCUUCUUUAUCUCACUUUUCUCCGGGGUUUUAUUUCCUCCUUCAGCAGCGGCGAGUCUGAAACUCCACACAGAGACACAGGGAGAAAGUGUAACAAGCCGGACAGGAGGAGGACGGGGACAGUGAGUGUGUGUGUGUAAGAGAAAGAGAAUAGAGAUGGUGGUGGAUAAAUACACACACACUCCUGAUCCACACCGCAGAUUUCACAGAGCUUUACUUUGCUCUCUGUCUCGGCUCUGAUCGUGUUCAUGAUCAGAUUCUUCAGUGCAGCUUCGUCCUGGUCAUGUGGACAUCGAGGACAUUCGGCCAUGGAAGAGAUUGAGUCAGCCAUUUUAGCAAUGAAGAACAGGAAGUCUGUGGAGGUGGGCAGAGCUACCUCACCUUCCAGAAUCCAUGCCUCUCCCCGGGCGGGGCCAGAGGAGGAGAGCUUUGAGAAAGUGUUGUCCGAGCUGAGUGGGGCUGAAAAUGUGAACCUGGAGGCGGAGCUGGGUAUGGAGGAAGAGUUUGUAAAGACACCAGGCUGGGGGCGGGGCUAUGACAAAGUAGAUGCAGCAGAUGAGGUGGAACCUGAAAACAGCAGGGGCAGCAUGAAGGAGAUCCAAAAUCCUGCUUCAACUUUAGAUGUGUCUCACACUCCGUUGUCACAGCAGCUCCUGUUGGGUUGUGAUGAAGUGAAGGUGGUCAGUGUGGAGUGUCGGAUUUGUGGAGAUCAAGCUUCUGGAUUUCAUUAUGGAGUGCAUGCUUGUGAAGGGUGUAAGGGUUUUUUCCGCCGCACAGUGAGGAUGAAGCUGGAGUAUGAGAAAUGUGAGCGCAGCUGCAAGAUCCACAAGAAAAGCCGCAACAAGUGUCAGUACUGCCGUUUCAGGAAGUGUGUGAUGCUCGGGAUGAGUCAUGACGCGAUUCGAUACGGCCGCAUGCCCGAGGUGGAGAAGAGGAAGUUAGCGGAGGGGAUGUUAUCAGAGAGUCGGACAGUGAGCAGCUCCAACCUGAAGACUCUUGCUAAAAAAGUCAAUAGUGCGUACCUGAAACACCUGAACAUGACCAAGAGGAAAGCACGCAACAUCCUGACCGGAAGAACCACCUCCAACCCUUUUGUGAUCUAUGACCUGGGCUCUCUGAGGCGAGCGGAGAGCGGGGUGGUGUGGGACAGCGGGGUUCUGAGUGGACGAGCACAGAAGGAGAUCGGCGUUCACGUCUUCUACCGCUGUCAGUGCAGCACUGUGGAGACCGUCCGCCAGAUCACAGAGUUUGCCAAGUGUAUCCCGGGAUUCAUCGACCUGUAUCUCAAUGACCAGGUGACGCUGCUGAAGUAUGGUGUUCACGAGGCGAUUUUCGCCAUGCUUCCUUCUCUAAUGAAUAAGGAUGGGUUGUUAGUGGCUAAUGGGCGGGGCUUCGUCACACGUGAGUUCCUGCGCAGUCUUAGGAAGCCGUUCAGCGAAAUCAUGGAGCCGAAGUUCGAGUUCGCUCUCAAGUUCAAUGCGCUGGAGCUGGACGACAGUGACCUCGCGCUGUUUGUUGCUGCCAUCAUCUUGUGUGGAGAUCGUCCUGGGCUGAUGAAUGUGAAGCAGGUGGAGGAGAUUCAGGAUAAGAUCUUGCAGGCGUUAGACCAGCACCUGCAGCACACACACCCUGACGCUGCCUACAUCUUCCCCAGACUGCUGCAAAAGCUUGCUGACCUGCGACAGCUGGUCACUGAGAAUGCCCAGCUCGUCCAGAUGAUCAAAAAAACCGAAUCUGAGACUUCACUGCACCCUCUACUGCAGGAAAUCUACAGAGACAUGUAUUGAACACACACACACAGAGGAGAAACAGCUGCGCUGAGCUACAAUGUGAUAAAGAAUAACAGAUUAAUUGUUUUUGUUUAAUAAAUGAAGAAAUGUACUGGGAUUGAGACACAGGAUUAAAUCCACAAAGUUUAUAUUUAUUUAUUUCUGUUUGUUUAUUAAUGGGAGUAACUACUUAAUUCACAUGAAUUAGACGAAUCAAACUGCUGCAAUGUGACACACACACACACACAGAGUGACUGAGUGUCCGAGUGAAAGAUUGAGUGAGUGACUGGGUGAUUAAGUGAGUGUCUGGGUGAUGGAGUGUCUGGGUGAUGGAGUGAGUGGGUGAUUGAGUGAGUGCCUGGGUGAUGGAGUGUCUGGGUGUUGGAGUGUCUGGGUGAUGGAGUGUCUGGGUGAUGGAGUGUCUGGGUGAUGGAGUGUCUGGGUGAUGGAGUGUCUGGGUGAAUGAGUGAGUGUCUGGGUGAUUGAGUGAGUGUCUGGGUGAUGGAGUGAGUGCCUGGGUGAUGGAGUGAGUGCCUGGGUGAUGGAGUGAGUGUCUGGGUGAUGGAGUGAGUGGGUGAUUGAGUGACUGGGUGAUUGAGUGAGUGCCUGGGUGAUGGAGUGAGUGCCUGGGUGAUGGAGUGAGUGCCUGGGUGAUUAAGCGAGUGCCUGGGUGAUGGAGUGAGUGUCUGGGUGAUGGAGUGUCUGGGUGAUGGAGUGAGUGUCUGGGUGAUGGAGUGUCUGGGUGAUGGAGUGAGUGGGUGAUUGUGAGUGACUGGGUGAUUAAGUGAGUGGGUGAUUGAGUGAGUGCCUGGGUGAUGGAGUGAGUGCCUGGGUGAUUAAGCGAGUGCCUGGGUGAUGGAGUGAGUGUCUGGGUGAUGGAGUGUCUGGGUGAUGGAGUGAGUGGGUGAUUGAGUGACUGGGUGAUUGUGAGUGACUGGGUGAUUAAGUGAGUGGGUGAUGGAGUGAGUGCCUGGGUGAUGGAGUGAGUGCCUGGGUGAUUGAGUGAGUGCCUGGGUGAUUGAGUGAGUGUCUGGGUUAUUAAGUGAGUGCCUGGGUGAUGGAGUGAGUGGGUGAUUGAGUGUCUGGGUGAUUGAGUGAGUGUCUGGGUGAUUGAGUGAGUGUCUGGGUGAUGGAGUGAGUGUCUGGGUGAUGGAGUGACUGGGUGAUUGAGUGAGUGUCUGGGUGAUGGAGUGCCUGGGUGAUGGAGUGAGUGGGUGAUUGAGUGUCUGGGUGAUUGAGUGAGUGUCUGGGUGAUGGAGUGAGUGUCUGGGUGAUGGAGUGUCUGGGUGAUGGAGUGACUGGGUGAUUGAGUGAGUGUCUGGGUGAUGGAGUGUCUGGGUGAUUGAGUGACUGGGUGAUUGAGUGAGUGAGUGAGUGACUGGGUGAUGGAGUGAGUGCCUGGGUGAUGGAGUGAGUGGGUGAUUGAGUGUCUGGGUGAUUGAGUGAGUGUCUGGGUGAUUGAGUGAGUGUCUGGGUGAUGGAGUGAGUGUCUGGGUGAUUGAGAGUGACUGGGUGAUUAAGUGACUGGGUGAUUAAGUGAGUGACUGGGUGAUGGAGUGUCUGGGUGAGUGAGUGUCUGGGUGAGUGAGUGAGUGUCUGGGUGAUUAAGUGAGUGUCUGGGUGAUUAAGUGAGUGUCUGGGUGAUUGAGUGAGUGACUGGGUGAGUGAGUGUCUGGGUGAUUGAGUGACUGGGUGACUGAGUGUCUGGGUCAUUGUGUGACUGGGUGAUUGAGUGUCUGGGUGAGUGGGUGAUUGAGUGAGUGUCUGGGUGAUUGAGUGAGUGUCUGGGUGAUUGAGUGAGUGUCUGGGUGAUUGAGUGAGUGCCUGGGUGAUUGAGUGAGUGUCUGGGUGAAUGAGUGAGUGACUGGGUGAUUGAGUGAGUGACUGGGUGAUUGAGUGAGUGACUGGGUGAUUGAGUGAGUGACUGGGUGAUUGAGUGAGUGAGUGGGUGAUUGAGUGACUGGGUGAUUGAGUGACUGGGUGAUUGAGUGACUGGGUGAUUGAGUGAGUGACUGGGUGAUUGAGUGAGUGAGUGACUGGGUGAUUGAGUGACUGGGUGAUUAAGUGACUGAGUGAUUGAGUGACUGGGUGAUUAUGUGAGUGACUGGGUGAUUGAGUGACUGACGGUGAUUGAGUGACUGGGUGAUUGAGUGACUGGGUGAUUGAGUGACUGGGUGAUUGAGUGACUGGGUGAUUGAGUGACUGGGUGAUUGAGUGAGUGACUGGGUGAUUGAGUGAGUGAGUGAGUGACUGGGUGAUUGAGUGACUGGGUGAUUGAGUGACUGGGUGAUUAAGUGACUGGGUGAUUAAGUGACUGGGUGAUUAAGUGAGUGACUGGGUGAUUAUGUGAGUGACUGGGUGAUUGAGUGACUGACGGUGAUUGAGUGACUGGGUGAUGGAGUGACUGGGUGAUUAAGUGAGUGUCUGGGUGAUUGAGUGAGUGACUGGGUGAUUGAGUGAGUGACUGGGUGAUUAAGUGAGUGGGUGAUUGAGUGAGUGACUGGGUGAUUGAGUGAGUGACUGGGUGAUUGAGUGAGUGACUGGGUGAUUAAGUGAGUGUCUGGGUGAUUAUGUGAGUGACUGGGUGAUUGAGUGACUGACGGUGAUUGAGUGACUGGGUGAUGGAGUGACUGGGUGAUUGAGUGAGUGUCUGUGUGAUUGAGUGUCUGUGUGAUUGAGUGAGUGACUGGGUGAUUGAGUGAGUGACUGGGUGAUUGAGUGAGUGACUGGGUGAUUGAGUGAGUGACUGGGUGAUUGAGUGAGUGACUGGGUGAUUAAGUGAGUGUCUGGGUGAUUAAGUGACUGGGUGAUUGAGUGAGUGACUGGGUGAUUAUGUGAGUGAUUGGGUGAUUGAGUGACUGACGGUGAUUGAGUGACUGGGUGAUUGAGUGAGUGUCUGGGUGAUCGAGUGUCUGUGUGAUUGAGUGAGUGACUGGGUGAUUGAGUGAGUGUCUGGGUGAUUGAGUGAGUGACUGGGUGAUUGAGUGAGUGUCUGUGUGAUUGAGUGAGUGACUGGGUGAUUAAGUGAGUGUCUGGGUGAUUAAGUGACUGGGUGAUUGAGUGAGUGACUGGGUGAUUGUGAGUGACUGGGUGAUUAAGUGAGUGAGUGAUGGAGUGACUGGGUGAUUGAGUGACUGGGUGAUUAAGUGACUGGGUGAUUAAGUGAGUGACUGGGUGAUUAUGUGAGUGACUGGGUGAUUGAGUGACUGACGGUGAUUGAGUGACUGGGUGAUGGAGUGACUGGGUGAUUGAGUGAGUGUCUGUGUGAUUGAGUGUCUGUGUGAUUGAGUGAGUGACUGGGUGAUUGAGUGAGUGACUGGGUGAUUGAGUGAGUGACUGGGUGAUUGAGUGAGUGACUGGGUGAUUGAGUGAGUGACUGGGUGAUUAAGUGAGUGUCUGGGUGAUUAAGUGAGUGACUGGGUGAUUGAGUGACUGGGUGAUUGAGUGACUGGGUGAUUGAGUGAGUGACUGGGUGAUUGAGUGAGUGAGUGACUGGGUGAUUGAGUGACUGGGUGAUUAAGUGACUGAGUGAGUGACUGGGUGAUUGAGUGAGUGAGUGAGUGACUGGGUGAUUGAGUGGGUGAUUGAGUGAGUGACUGGGUGAUUAAGUGACUGGGUGAUUGAGUGAGUGACUGGGUGAUUGAGUGAGUGACUGGGUGAUUAAGUGACUGAGUGAGUGACUGGGUGAUUGAGUGGGUGAUUGAGUGAGUGACUGGGUGAUUAAGUGACUGGGUGAUUGAGUGAGUGACUGGGUGAUUGAUUGAGUGACUGGGUGAUUGAUUGAGUGACUGGGUGAUUAAGUGAGUGACUGGGUGAUUAAGUGAGUGAGUGAUUGAGUGAGUGACUGGGUGAUUGAGUGACUGGGUGAUUGAGUGACUGGGUGAUUGUGAGUGACUGGGUGAUUAAGUGAGUGAGUGAUGGAGUGACUGGGUGAUUGUGAGUGACUGGGUGAUUAAGUGAGUGAGUGAUGGAGUGACUGGGUGAUUGAGUGACUGGGUGAUUGAGUGACUGGGUGAUUAAGUGAGUGACUGGGUGAUUAUGUGAGUGACUGGGUGAUGGAGUGACUGGGUGAUUGAGUGAGUGUCUGGGUGAUUGAGUGUCUGUGUGAUUGAGUGAGUGACUGGGUGAUUGAGUGAGUGACUGGGUGAUUAAGUGACUGGGUGAUUGAGUGAGUGACUGGGUGAUUGAGUGAGUGACUGGGUGAUUGAGUGAGUGACUGGGUGAUUAAGUGAGUGUCUGGGUGAUUGUGAGUGACUGGGUGAUUGAGUGACUGACGGUGAUUGAGUGACUGGGUGAUGGAGUGACUGGGUGAUUGAGUGAGUGUCUGUGUGAUUGAGUGUCUGUGUGAUUGAGUGAGUGACUGGGUGAUUGAGUGAGUGACUGGGUGAUUGAGUGAGUGACUGGGUGAUUGAGUGAGUGACUGGGUGAUUGAGUGAGUGACUGGGUGAUUAAGUGAGUGUCUGGGUGAUUAAGUGACUGGGUGAUUGAGUGAGUGACUGGGUGAUUGUGAGUGACUGGGUGAUUGAGAGUGACUGGGUGAUUGAGUGAGUGACUGGGUGAUUGUGAGUGACUGGGUGAUUGAGUGACUGACGGUGAUUGAGUGACUGGGUGAUUGAGUGACUGGGUGAUUGAGUGAGUGACUGGGUGAUUGUGAGUGACUGGGUGAUUGAGUGACUGACGGUGAUUGAGUGACUGGGUGAUUGAGUGACUGACGGUGAUUGAGUGAGUGACUGGGUGAUUGUGAGUGACUGGGUGAUUGAGUGAGUGACUGGGUGAUUGUGAGUGACUGGGUGAUUGAGUGACUGACGGUGAUUGAGUGACUGGGUGAUUGAGUGACUGACGGUGAUUGAGUGAGUGACUGGGUGAUUAAGUGAGUGACUGGGUGAUUGAGUGACUGGGUGAUUGUGAGUGACUGGGUGAUUGAGUGACUGACGGUGAUUGAGUGACUGGGUGAUUGAGUGACUGACGGUGAUUGAGUGAGUGACUGGGUGAUUGAGUGAGUGACUGGGUGAUUGAGUGAGUGGGUGAUUGAGUGAGUGGCUGAGUGACUGGGUGAGUGGGUGAUUGAGUGACUGGGUGAUUGAGUGACUGGGUGAUUGAGUGAGUGACUGGGUGAUUGAGUGAGUGACUGGGUGAUUAAGUGAGUGUCUGGGUGAUUAUGUGAGUGACUGGGUGAUUGAGUGACUGACGGUGAUUGAGUGACUGGGUGAUGGAGUGACUGGGUGAUUGAGUGAGUGUCUGUGUGAUUGAGUGUCUGUGUGAUUGAGUGAGUGACUGGGUGAUUAAGUGAGUGGGUGAUUGAGUGAGUGACUGGGUGAUUGAGUGAGUGACUGGGUGAUUGAUUGAGUGACUGGGUGAUUGAUUGAGUGACUGGGUGAUUAAGUGAGUGACUGGGUGAUUAAGUGAGUGACUGGGUGAUUGAGUGACUGGGUGAUUGAGUGAGUGAGUGGGUGAUUGAGUGAGUGAGUGGGUGAUUGAGUGAGUGACUGGGUGAUUGAGUGAGUGACUGGGUGAUUGAGUGACUGGGUGAUUGAGUGACUGGGUGAUUGAGUGACUGGGUGAUUGAGUGAGUGACUGGGUGAUUAAGUGACUGGGUGAUUGAGUGACUGGGUGAUUAAGUGAGUGACUGGGUGAUUAAGUGAGUGAGUGGGUGAUGGAGUGAGUGAGUGGGUGAUGGAGUGAGUGAGUGGGUGAUGGAGUGAGUGAGUGGGUGAUGGAGUGAGUGACUGGGUGAUUGAGUGACUGGGUGAUGUCUCACUCUGAGACUAAAGAUCAUUCCUCAGAAACUGAAGCAGUACAGAUCAGCUCUCAGUAAAGAUCAUAUUUAUUUGUGUAUUUAUUUUACAUUUGGAGCAAAAUCAUAGGUAAAUGAAUCAACUCAAUCAAAAUGGAUUUAAAUUGAGUUAUUUAAAAAGAAUCUAAUCAAUAAAGGGAGUCCGAAACACAGACACACACACACACACACUGUACUCUUACAGUUAAAUGCUGAUGUUUAAAGCAGAACAUUAUUUUGUAAGUCUGUAUAUUUCUGUAGUAAACUUGUUUUAGUGUAAUAUUGUGAUGGUGUGUGUGUGAUCCACGCUGAAUUUUAACACACUGUAACACACCUGAUGAUGUUCCUGAAGGCUCAGAUUAGCUUCACAUCUCACCUCAGUGUAGAUUAGCGUGACUCACAAUUACUCGACAUGUCCACGUAUUAAACACACUGCUGCUCUUCACUAAGAGAUUUAUCUGCAGGAGUAUGUGUGUGUGUGUGUCCUGACAGAAAAACGCCAGUUGUUCUAAACUGUUGUUUAGAUAGACAGAUAGAUAGAACUUUGUCAUUGUAAAGUACAGGUACAUAGCAAUGGAAUGUUGUUUAGCAUCUAGCAGAAGUACAAAUAGUAGAAAUUAGAAGUAGUCUUUAUUUACCACAUAUACAUUACAGCACAGUGAAAUUCUUUCUUUGCCUAUUCCAUCCUUGGAGGUUGGGGUCAGAGCACAGGUCAGCCAUGAUACAGCACCCCUGGUGCAGAGAGGGUUAAGGGCCUUGCUCAAGGGCCCAACAGUGGCAACUUGGCGGUGUUGGGGCUCGAACCCCCGAUCUGCCGGUCAACGACCCAGAGCCUUAACACUCGAGCCGCCACCACCACCGCCCCUAAUUUUCUAUUUUCUAAAUUCUAAUUUCUGAUUUCUAACUAAAAAUGAAGGGACCCUAAGUGACCACUUAACAGCACAAUAUGACUUAAUGGCACAAGACAUCAGCUUUAACAUGACCUUAAAGAAGCCUAUAUUUUACUACUCUCUUUUUAUGGUCCAGGUUUUAGUCAGAUUUGGCCUGCUGAAACAGCAUAGUGUUGCUUCCACACAGCUCCAGAACUUUGCUGUAGAUGGAUUGAUCCUAGAAGUGAGUGAGUGUGUGUGUGUGGUGCCCUGUAGCAAUAACAUCUCAUCUGGGUGGUUUUCCUUGCAUAUGCUCUAGGAUUCCAGUCUGAAAAGGCAAAAAGGGACUCGCUAUUUAUGUUUUUGCAACUUUAUUAUUUUGAAUUUUACUUUAUUAUUAGUAGAAAUUGUGCAAAAGAACAAGUGCAGAUAAAUAUGUAAAUCAGUAAAUAAGGCUGUCAGAGUGUGCAUAGAGAAGUAUGUGCAAGUUGUAUUUAUAGCAGAUAAAGUCACAGGUGUAAUUAUAGAUGCAAAAAUGUGUGCAUUAUCUACAUUGUAUGUACAGUAGUAACAGAAAUAAUGUACAGUGUUUAUACAGAUAGUAUGUAUGUA